GUUUUGAGGGUUAGAUAACCUGCCAAAUAAAAUGUUUUGCACGAAACUACAUAAUUUAAAUGUUGCUGUUGUGCAAGCAGUGAGAAAAUACGCCACUCCAAGUCGAUUCUACAAAAAAAGCAGCAUCCUGAAAAGCGAUGGCAAGUUUGAAAUCACGUUGGACCAAAGGAAGUUAAAAACCCCGAAAGGAAGCCUUUUUUUGGUCGACAGUGAGCCCUUAGCCCUGGCAGUGGCCACAGAGUGGAACUCUCAAAAGGGCAAGAUAGUCCAAAGCAAAAUGCACAUUACGACAUUAUGCAAUACUGUCCUGGAUAACCCGAAUAAUCUCACCAAGUUGGACAUAGUGAAUUACAUAGUCAAUUGUUUGGACACGGAUACAGUCCUAUAUCAGGCAAAUGAGGAUGAGGACUUGAUGAAGUUUCAAAUCACUGAAUGGGACCCAGUGAUCGAAUGGUUCAACAAGAGAUUUAACGUGAAAUUAAAAAAGUCCGUCCAAAUGGACGUUUCGCCCGUUAGCGAAGAGGAUAAAACCACCUUAAUUAGGCACUUAAUGUCGUAUAACUUUGCAUCUGUUAACGGCUUCCUCUAUGGGGUAGAUACUUUGAAAUCUGUGAUACUCACAUUGGCAGCAAUCGACCGAUUUCUGACUCCAGAAAAGGCCGUUUUGUUGUCAAGGCUCGAGGAAGAAUACCAGUGCGGCAGGUGGGGCAGAGUGGAGUGGGCCCAUGACUUAAACCAACAAGAUCUUCAAUCCCGACUGGCUGCUGUGGUUCUGUUCGUCUACUUCAACUCUCAAUCAAUGAAAGUGCAGGAGAAGAACAAACCGUAGCUCCAAAUGUACAGGGCUUUUAUUUAAAGCUUGAACGUAUACUAUAAAGCAGUUAGCGA